AUGCCCCGGGCGUGGUCUUGCGUUCGUCGGUGCCCCAACAAUCUUCGCCUGCUCAAAGCAUCCGGCGCCGUCUCCUCUCUUGGCCGCUCAGUCUCUCUUCCAACGCCUCGGCUCUUCCGAGCACGCACGCUCAGUCAGGUCGCAUUCACCAUGCAGACGCAGCAUCCAUCAGCAUUCGGCACUCCCGACUCGGCUUCGUCGGGCGCCGCCACACCCGAGCUGUCCGCAGAACAGCAGAAGCGUCAGGCAUCGCUUCUCUCAGCGCAAACGGCGCCAGCCUCGCCUGCACUCCGAGCCACGCUCGACGCCGAUGCUGGUGUGAAGCCAAUGUCGGCUUCGGACACAGCGCUGGCAACGCCCAUCUCAGACGCUGCCUAUGUCGCUCCCCCCAUUCCGUCGAGCUUCAAGACGUCAUUCGCCGCUUGGUGGAAAGCCAACCCCGUCGAGGACGCCGCACAAGCCGAGCUUCAUCUGUAUCGCUCCACCGGCUACUUCGAAGGCGCCACGGUCAACAAUGUCAUCUGCGCAGACGAGGAGCUGCGCGAUGGGAAGGGCCUCGCCAAAGGACUUGAAUGGGCUCGUCGGGCUGCCGGCUCGAGUCAGACGUCUUCCUCGUCAACUGACCCCGCGCACUCCUCGUCCAGCUCGCUGUUCUCGACGCACAAAUUCUGGCCGUUCCACAGAUCCAAAGAGCCGUCCACGAUGACCAUCGGGCUGACCCCCGCGGCCGAUGGUAAGGUCGGCUGCAUCCGCCUCGUCGACAUUGGCUCUGCACCCAACGUUGGCGAUACGCGACCUGCCUCGCGCCCCACCUCGCUCACCUCGUCGCCUGCCGUGGCUCCUUCGUCGACGGAAGGCCUGCCUGCACCCGAGGCAUCUUCGCUGGGCGAGCCGGUGCUCAACGACAAUCUUGAAUCGCAUCAGAUCAUGUCUCAGGAUCACAUCAAGCCGUACACGCCGCCGUCGGGUCGCAAACUCAAUAUGCUCGAAAUCGGCAUCCCCUACUCCAAGGACAAGGAGGAGCAGAUCAAGAACGAGACCAAGAUCGUGCUCGCCCACGGAUACGGUGCUGGCAGCGCCUUCUUCUUCCAAAACAUCAAGUCGAUGGCGGAAGUGCCCAACUCGCGUCUGUACGUCGUCGACUGGCUCGGCAUGGGUCGGUCGUCGCGCCCCACCUUCCACAUCCCGUCGUCCGAGACCAAGAGCACCGACACGCGUGUGGCGGCCGCCGAGAGCUUUUUCAUCAGCAGCCUCGAAGACUGGCGACGCAAGAUGGGCCUCGAAAAGAUGGUGCUUGUCGGCCACAGCCUGGGCGGCUACCUGUCGUUAGCGUAUGCGCUGCGCUACCCCUCGCGCGUCGAGCGUCUGGUGCUCGUCAGUCCUGUGGGAAUUCCGAAUGCGCCGCCCGAAGAUGAGCCGGGUAGCACUUUCCGUCCCAAGAACGGAUCGGCAGUGGAGCAGGAGGUGCGUCAGCCGCAGGAAGACGUGGCGCCGCAGAACGCGAGGCAAGAGCUCGAGGAUACGCAGACGGCCAACGAGAUGGCCAAGAAGGCGGCGCAGAACCGCGCCGGCGGCGUGAUCCAGGGCAAGGGCAGCGAUGCGGCUUCUGCGCCGCGAUCGUUGGAACGCUCGCAGACGGCGCAAAGCGUCGAUUCGGCGAAAGUGCCACGCUCGGGGCAGUCGAGCGAGCCGGAGAAGGGAUCGCACGAGCCGCCACGCAUCUCGAAGCGCGUUCGUUCGGUGUUCAGCUUCCUGUGGGAGCAAAACGUCUCGCCAUUCGGAAUCUUGCGCAGCUCGCUGUUCUUUGGACCUAUGCUGGCAGGGCGCUAUACAUCGAGGCGAUUCGGAGCGCUGCCGGAGGACGAGCUGCGGUCGCUGCACGCGUAUUGCCAGAGCAUCUUCCUGAGCAAAGGCUCGGGCGAGUACUGCCUUGCGCAUAUCUUGGCGCCGGGCGCGUAUGCGCGCCGACCCAUGGUGGAGCGCAUCGAGCGGCUCAAGAUGCCGAUGAGCUUCCUGUACGGCGAGCACGACUGGAUGGACGUGCGCGGCGGCAAGGAGGCGGUCAAGCGGCUGCGCAAACAGGGCAACGCCCAGACCAACUGCUUCGUGGUGCCCAACAGCGGCCAUCACAUCUAUCUCGACAAUCCGAGCCCGUACAAUUCGCUCAUCGCGAGGAUUCUGCGCGGUCAGGCCGAUGCCUCCAUCAAGGAAGGAAGGCCCCGGCGAUCAACUCCUUCCGGAGAGCGGCUUGGCAGCACCGGCGUCACUGGUCCGAGCCGUGCAUCUCCGCUUGGCGCUCAGCAGCUGAUCCGAGCGGUGGCCGGUGUGCAGCAGCGCACCGCACCGCAAACGGCCACUUUGAAUCAGCCAACGUUGCUGCUCUGCAGUCGCAUCCGUCCCGGUCGGGGCAUCUCCGUUGGCCGGUGCUCCACGCUUCCGGCUAACCACCAUCAGCCCGGCCUCCUCCACGGCCAUCUCCAUCGCCACCCCCAUCACUGCAGCACCAACACCAGCACCAUCGCGCGACGAACGCUCGCUCGCUCGCCCCGCGUCCGAAAGCCCGUGCAGCACCCUUCUCGUGGCUGUCACGCAUCAGUCGGCGGUGCACCCGCACCCGCACCGCAUCAACCACGCCGCUCAAGCGCGCUCACGAUCCAAUCACAGCGACAGCCCGCUCGUUCCACCAUCGCUGCAGCCAUGAACAGCCACCAAGCCUUCCCGGCUCCUCCCGUCGAGAUCUUUGUCGAUACGCGAGGAGCCAAAAUCAUGGAGGACGGCGCGUCGAGCCCCGAUCAGAGAGACAGCCGCGACAUCUACCUGCCCAACCACAUCGAGGCCGUCUCCCACAUCGCCGUCGACGUCGGCGGCUCCUUAGCCAAGGUCGUCUACUUCACCCGCUCACGCUCUUCCGAUUCCACGCCCUCUUCGCCCACCCCCGGUUCGCCCGUCGCCCUUUCCUCACCCUUGCCACACUCCGCAGCGUCCUCGUCCACGCCCAACGCCCUCUCGCCAAAGACGAGCAACAGCAACUUUCGCUCUCGGCAGGCCUCCUCCAACGGCGGCGCACACAGCGGCUUCCGUACGCCUCCCGCACACGCCGACCACCCCAUCGCUUCCGGAACCCUCACACCCACCGCCAUCCUCGGCUCUCCGCAGCUCGCUUCUGCAUCCGCCAUCCACUCCACCCUUCUCAAACGCAGAUCCCUUCCCGCUGCCCUGCCCGGCGGCCGUCUCAACUUCAUCAAGUUCGAGACCAACGACAUCGAAAAUUGCAUCCGCUUCCUGCGCGAACUCAUCGAGCGCUCCGCAUCCGUCAAUGGCGUCUCGAUAGAAGACAUGCGCAAGGGCGUCAAGCUCAUGGCCACCGGCGGCGGCGCACACCUCAUGUACGACCUCUUUGAGCAAGAACUCGGCAUCGAGGUCCAAAAGGAAGACGAGAUGGGCUGCCUCAUCACCGGUCUCAACUUCAUCACCCUCAUUCCAGACGAGGUCUUCUGGUACUCGGACGAGCUCGUCGCAGCACUCCACUCGCCCCUACCUCAGAACCCGGAAGCAAGGGCAGAUGCGCAAGCCCUGCGCUCCUCGGUGCCCCUCCAGCAUCCUUUGCCCAGACCUUCGCCAAACCCGCCUCUCUACGCGCCCGUCUUUGACUCGCAUCCGUCGCCCAAGCUGCCCUGCCUCCUCGUCAACAUCGGCUCCGGCGUCUCCAUCAUCAAGGUCGACGACUUUGGCAAGUUCGAACGUGUCUCGGGCACCUCGCUAGGCGGAGGCACCCUGUGGGGUCUCCUUUCGCUGCUCACCGAAGCCGACAGCUUCGACGAGAUGCUCGAGCUCUCCGAACAGGGCGACAAUGCGAACGUCGACAUGCUUGUCGGCGACAUCUACGGUUCCGUCGGACUCAACCAUCUCGGCCUCAAGAGCUCCACCAUCGCAUCGUCCUUUGGCAAAGUCUUCCGCAAGGAUCCCAGCUCGUCGGCGCCUCGCAACGCCGAAGAGCGCCGCAAAAAGUUCCGAUCCGAAGACAUCUGCAAGUCUCUGCUCUACGCCAUCUCGAACAACAUCGGUCAGAUCGCAUACAUGAAUGCGGAAAAGUACAACCUCGACCGCAUCUACUUUGGCGGCUGCUUCAUUCGAGGCCACCAGGCCACCAUCAGCACGCUCUCGUACGCCAUCCGCUUCUGGAGCAAGGGCACCAAGCGCGCCUUCUUCCUGCGCCACGAAGGAUACCUCGGCGCCAUCGGCGCGUGGAUUAAGCAUGUCUCCAACGAUCCGGCAGCCACCAUGACGAAUGCGCGUGCCGUAGCAGCCGCCAUGGCAUCGUCCUACGCGGGCUCAAGCGCGCCGGGCAGGGCAACUCCUUCGGUACCGUCGGGUCUGGGUCGUUCGAUAUCGCCAGCUUCGUCCUCGGAUGAGCCUCUUGAUUGGGCGGCCAUCCAGGCUGCGUCGAUGCAGCCACCCGUGCUGAACGGCGACGGCCUUCCCGAGCCAGCCGCACCCGAGUCGCCUGCUGUGCUGUCCAAUCCGCAUCUGGCUCAUCUGCAAGCCGAGGCGGCCGCAUCGGCCGACAGGACACCAACGCAAGAGUCUCCGCAUGGCCAAGGAGCCUUGGGCUCUCAGCAGUCCGACCUCGACUUUCUGAACGAUGUUCUUGCGCAGCCGUCGCAAUCUGCAUCCGGAGCAGAUGCGGCUACUAGUGGGCUUGCGCAUUCCAACGUUCUGGUCGACGAUGACUCGGAGAGCGACUCGUCCGUUCCGGCACAGGACGAGGCGGCGCAGCUCAAAGAGAUUCUCGCCUCGCUCAAUGCCUUGAAGAUACCCACGAGCGACGGCACCGAUCCCGCAACCGCCCAGAUGGAACGCAACGAGAUCCUCAGCCUCCUCGCCAAUCUUGAACAGACCGAAGAGGUCGUCGGUGGUCUCGAGGGCAAGCUCGACAGCUUGCUCUCGUCCUUGGACACGCUCCUGGCCAGUCAGGACGCGCAGCAGGCGGCACAGCAGGCCAGCUCCUAG